UUCAUGCUGACUGAUCGUGAGAACCAGUCUAUCCUGAUCACCGGAGAAUCCGGCGCAGGGAAGACUGUGAACACAAAGCGUGUCAUCCAGUACUUUGCAACAAUUGCAGCCAGCGGAGACAAGAAGAAGGAAGAGCAGCCAACAGGCAAAAUGCAGGGAACGCUUGAGGAUCAAAUCAUUAGCGCCAACCCACUGCUGGAGGCCUUUGGAAACGCCAAGACCGUGAGGAAUGACAACUCCUCACGCUUUGGCAAAUUCAUCAGAAUCCACUUUGGGGCCACAGGCAAACUAGCUUCUGCUGACAUUGAAACCUAUCUGCUGGAGAAGUCCAGAGUCACUUUCCAGCUCAAGGCAGAAAGAAGCUACCACAUAUUUUAUCAGAUCAUGUCCAACAAGAAGCCAGAGCUAAUUGACAUGCUCCUCAUUACCACCAACCCUUACGAUUUCCAGUUUGUGAGUCAAGGUGAAAUCACUGUUCCAAGCAUUGAUGACCAGGAGGAGCUCAUGGCUACAGACAGUGCCAUUGACAUCCUGGGCUUCAGUGCUGAUGAAAAGACAGCCAUCUACAAGCUGACAGGGGCUGUCAUGCACUACGGGAACCUGAAGUUCAAGCAGAAGCAACGAGAGGAGCAGGCAGAGCCAGAUGGCACAGAAGUGGCCGACAAGGCUGCCUACCUGAUGGGCCUGAACUCAGCUGAAUUGCUCAAAGCCCUGUGUUAUCCCCGAGUCAAGGUUGGGAAUGAAUACGUGACCAAAGGGCAAAAUGUGUCCCAGGUGAACAAUGCAGUUGGUGCUCUGGCAAAGGCUGUCUAUGAGAAGAUGUUCCUGUGGAUUGUUAUUCGCUUCAACCAACAGCAGGAUCCCAAGCAGCCCAGACAGUACUUCAUUGGUGUCCUGGACAUUGCUGGCUUUGAAAUCUUUGAUUUCAACAGCUUUGAGCAGCUGUGCAUCAACUUCACCAACGAGAAACUGCAACAGUUCUUCAACCACCACAUGUUCGUGCUGGAGCAGGAGGAGUACAAGAAGGAAGGAAUUGAAUGGGAGUUCAUUGACUUUGGGAUGGACCUGGCUGCCUGCAUUGAGCUCAUUGAGAAGCCCAUGGGCAUCUUCUCCAUCCUGGAAGAGGAGUGCAUGUUCCCCAAGGCAACUGACACCUCUUUCAAGAACAAGCUCUAUGACCAACAUCUGGGCAAGUCUAGUAACUUCCAGAAGCCUAAGCCUGCCAAAGGCAAGGCUGAGGCCCACUUCUCCCUGGUACACUAUGCUGGUACAGUGGACUACAACAUCACUGGCUGGCUGGAGAAGAACAAAGACCCCCUGAACGAAACAGUCAUUGGACUGUACCAGAAAUCAUCUGUGAAGACACUGGCCUUACUCUUUGCCAACUAUGGUGGAGCAGAUGCAGAGGGUGGUGGUGGCGGCAAAAAGGGUGGCAAGAAGAAGGGUUCUUCUUUCCAGACAGUCUCAGCUCUUUUCCGGGAGAAUUUAAACAAGCUGAUG